AUGGACGUGACAGAUUUCAAACGUAAGGUGUACAAUUUUUUGGAAAACGAAAGUGAGUACUCCAUGAAAAAUGACGAUGGGGAGGACAGCGAUGACGCGAGCCAAAUAGCAUAUUUUGACGAAGUAAAAGGGACGGCAAAAGAAAACUCCAGUAAUAUCUUCCGGCCUAAGAAGUAUGAAUUGUGUCAGAGCUUGGAAAAAACGAAAGGACUUCUGGGCAUAGAAAUGUCCAACAAGUAUGAUGCGUUUUGUUUUUUCUGUAAAUAUCACUAUAAUAAGGAUUUUUUAGGAGAAAGGAAAAAGGAAGUAAGGGGCAAUGAAACAAUUCUUGGAGAGUAUUCAUUCAAAACGUAUGGUGAAAUAAAAAAUGAAAUAGAGAUCCUAGCAUCUGCAUUGUACCAGUUUGAGAAUAUAGAGCCCAACAUAUUCACAGAUAAUGGACCAUAUGAUAAAUUAAAAAUUUUAGGUAUCUGGUCAAGAAAUAGAGUAGAAUGGUUAACUACCGACUAUGCUUGCUCAGCCAUAGACUUUGUCACCGUCCCGAUAUACGACACUAUGGGGAUAAACUCGGUGAAGUACAUAUUUCAGAAGACUCAGAUGAAAAUCUGUUGCAUCGAAGCGGAGAAGUUGGAGUGCCUCAUAAAAUUGAAGGACGAACUAAACGAUCUACAAAUUUUAAUUAUUUACGAUGAAUGGAGCUUAAGAGACGACAUUAAGCAGCGAGCCAGUAAGGCAGGCUACAAGGUAUAUUUCUAUAAAGACCUAAUUGACAAAUUUAAGAACCAAAAUAUUAUCCCCCAGUAUGAGUAUUAUGACCACGCGUUUCAUAGUCAGGAGAAAGGUCAGAAGGGCGUCAAAAAAGAGCCCCACUCGAGGAGCGGCGCUGGAGGUAACCGCAAUAGUAGCAAUAAUGGAAGUGGGUGCAACGCGCUGAUGCAGAAGCUGAAAAAGAAUAGAGGCAAAGUGACUGAUGUGUGCACCAUCAUUUUUACCUCCGGAUCGUCCGGCAUGCCCAAAGGCGCCAUGUUGACACACAACACGUUUCUUACCUUUGUGCAAAGCUACAUCAUCGACGGAAACAGACUCGGCCUGAUGAAAUAUGACGUGUUGCUUAGCUACCUCCCUCUAGCCCACAUCUACGAACGGAUAAUCGAAUGUGCUGUGUCUUUUUUUGGAGCCAAAAUAGGCUAUUUCUCUGGAAACAUAAAAGAGUUAGUCAGUGACAUAAACGAGUUAAAACCAACCUUCUUUAUCACCGUCCCAAGAAUUUUACAAAAAAUCCAUGACAAUAUUAUGGAAGGAUUGAAGAACAAAUCCUUUAUAGCCAGAACGUUGGUAAAGACAGCCCUCAAGAAUAAGAAGAGCAUAUAUUUGAAAAAUCCGAAAAAGUUUUCCCACCCAAUUUAUGACAUCAUUUUACAACCACUGAGGAACCGAUUCGGAGGCCGCAUAAGGACGCAAGUCAUGGGUUCUGCAUCUAUGGAUAAAGAUAAACUAAUCGAUUUGCAAAUGCUCUUUUCAGCACCUAUUUCGGAAGGAUGGGGAAUGACAGAAGUAGGCGUAGGAUUCUUACAACACAGAUAUGAUAGCACCAAAGGAACCAUCGGAGGAAUGUUUUCCAAUGUUUCCAUGAAAGUCGUUAAGGUGGAAAAUAUGAAAUAUGACCCAAAGGCUUACCCAAACAGAGGAGAAUUAUGCGUCAAGGGAAGUAGCCUAAUGGUAGGCUACUUCCGAGAUCAGCCGUUAACAAAAAAGUCUUUUGAUGAAGAUGGCUUCUUCUACACAGGAGAUGUCGUUGAAGUGAAUGAAAAUAAUGCAUACGUACGAAUCAUAGACAGAGCAAAAAACAUAUUCAAAUUAGCUCAAGGGGAGUAUGUCGAGCCAGAGAAGUUGGAAAAUAUCUACACCAAUAGCAUAUACAUAGAGAACAUUAUUGUGCAUGGAUACAGUUACGAAAAUGAAUUAGUAUCCAUCAUAGUUCCGAAUGAAAUUUUCAUUCGUGAUUAUGCCAAGAAGAACAACCUCAAUAUGCCCUUCGAGGAGCUGCUAAAGUGUGAUGCUAUUAAAAAGCUUUUUCAGAAUGAAAUAUUGACUAUUUCAAAAACGUAUAAUUUGAAUGGCAUUGAGAAGAUCCACUUAUUUCACUUGACGCCUAUUCCAUUUUCUGUGGAUAAUAAGCAGCUCACCCCUACGCAUAAGGUCGUUAGGAACGCCAUCAUCGCUGAUUAUAAAAAGGUCAUUGACGAUUUGUACGAGUCCAGGAAGAAGUAA